AUUGUGCACCAAGAUGUCUCAUCUCUUGACAAGCAUCUCCAACAUCUUAGAUAUUUUCUACAAAUAUUGUGGCCAAGAUGAGGAAUAUGACACAAUGAGCCAAAGUGAACUGAAGGAAUUUCUGGAAAAUGAGCUGCAAUGUAUUCUGAAGAAUCCAAGUGAUCCAGACAUUGUGGAUGAAUUCAUGCUUAAUAUAGAUGAAGAUAAUAACAGGAGAGUAGACUUUACUGAGUUCCUAUUGCUGAUAUUCAAAUUGACAAUGGCCUUCAACAAAACUUUCAAGAAGACAUAUUAUGAAGGUCAAAAUCAUUGUGACAAAGAGACAGAAAAGGAAGAAGAGGAAGAAGAAAACAACUGGGAAUCAGAAUCUGAAGAGGAACAUGAGGAAACCAGAAAACAGCCAUCAAAGGGAACACAGAAAGUCAGAUAUAGGCAGAGCAAGGUAAGGAAGGAAGUGGACGAAUCUUUACUGUGCUCAGAGAAAUUAUAUCGUACGUCAAAUUUAAACAACUCAAGAAAGAGUGAUGAAGCUGAAUAUGCAUCCAGCUCAUGCAAAUGGAGAGGAAGAAGACAGAAUUCAAGGACAAGCCCCUCCAGACUGUAUGGAGGAGAAGAAUACAAAGCAGACUCUGAAAAUAUAAAUGCAUGUAGUGGAAUAAGAUACAAAUACAAGAAGAGACAAAAUGAUGGAUUAAAGAAAAAAGGAAAUGAAUAUGUAAGAAAGAACCAUUCAGUCACUUUUGAAGAAGAAAGUGAAAAAUGGUUUAAGUCUGAAAGUUCAGAAGAAGACAGUUCUACCUCUGAUUCAGGCACAGAAUCCUGCACAGAAUAUGGAUCGGGUCAAAAAUCAGGACAGAGAAAACAGAAAUCUACAUCAGGUCAAAAAAUCAACUCAAAGAGAUAUAGAAGAGAAUCAGGCAAUCAAGAAGGUAUGGAAAACACAGUACAAGAUCAGGACAGUCAUCGAAGACCCAGGGACAUGGAACUACUUCUGGUGACAGGUCCAGCAGCAGUGGAAGACAAGAUCAAAGUUCCAAACUAUCCUCCAGCUCUGGUCAACAUGACUCAGGCUCCAGAUCUGGCUCUGGAUCCUGCUCAGGAUCAGGUUUAG